AACUGCUUAUCUUUGCUGUUUCAUCCUUAUCGUAUCCACGUCAAGCUUAGCCUUUGACAUAAACAAGCGAACACCGCCAGCUUAUCAUCGUUUCAUCAUCACCGCCAUUCCCGCAAGAAUCAUUUGUUUCGAAGCUCGGCGGAUCGUGCAUGGAUCUCGCUGACGAUGAGGCGGCCUCGCCGCCGCCGCGCGCCGCCAUCCGGUCCCGGCCGUCGAGUUGGAGCAGCAGCGGGAGCAGCGGCGGCGUCGAGUACACGAGCCUCCGGGACGUGCUCGCCGAGGCCGGGCCCGGGAGCGGCGGCGGCAGCUUCGGCGACGCCGGCGCGCCGGCGAUCGACUUCGACGCGUCCAACAUCAACAUCCGCAACCAGCUGCUGAAGCACGCCGCGUCGGCGUACCUCCAGUCGGCGAUCGUCGUCCCGCAGCGGGACCCGGGGUGCCUCAGCAGGCUGUGGAGGAGGAUGCUCCACCGCCGGCGGUGCCGCAUCCUGCUGCGGCCGUGGCCGGGGUGCUGCGGCGCCGGGGACCCGCCGUGCCUCUGCGACGCGUACGUGGCGGGCUCGGCGCGCCGGCUCGUCGCCUUCCUGUCCGGCUGCGUCGCUCGCAUGUGGACGUAGCAACGCGCGUCAUCACCGGCUCGCGAUUGAUUGGACCGGGCGUGAGGUGCGUGCUGGAUUUGUACCUGAAGGAUACGAUUGCAUCGAUGGAUGGAUUGAUAAGACGAUCUUGAGGAGGUGAUGCCAUUACGUGUAUGUGUUCAUCAUCUCGAUGAUAGAUUGGGCUGCAAUCUGUUCUUGAUCAGUGAUGAGGACUGAUGAUUAGCAUCGUCGGGGGGAAUUAUAUGAAUCGAUUGAAAGUUUUUUUUUAAUUUUUUC